CCAAAAUGUCCCCAGUGAGAGACAAUAAAUUAAUUUUCUAUUCUAUUCUAUUGUAUUCUAUUCUACUCUAUUCAUUGCUGUAAACAGGGUACGGAUUACACUGAGGACCGAUGGUGCCAGUGUUAGUGUGCCCCAGGACAGUUGUGGCUACAAUGUAGCUUAUCAUCACCACUGUGAUUGGAUGAAUGAAUCACUGUAGUGUAAAGCGCUUUGUAGUCCUCUGACUCUGAACGGCACUACACAAGAAGCGCAGGCCAUGUACCGUUUAUUGGUAUUGCUCUCACAAACCUCAAAAAAGUCACAGUUGGAUGUUUUCUUAAUAUUUGCAGUCCUGUUUGUGUGUCCACUGGUACAAACAGACCAAAAUGUUGUCGACUAUGACUCCACAAGUGUUCUUUUUCCUGGGCUUUUGCUUUUUCAUCAUAUGACUCUUUAGUCUGAAGGCAGAUAAAGUCCAAUGUCAAUCACUCCCACCGCCUGUACUUUGGUCAGUCUCCAUAACGAUAAGAGCUAUCCUACCAUCAUAUCAAACACGAGUGAUAAGAGUCAAGCGGAGUGUUUACACUGCUGGGACGAUCCAGACUGAGCGCCUCAUCGGCCCAUGUUCCUUCUCCAUGACCACCGCUGUGGUCCUUCCUCCUCAGACCACAAGAUACUUGGAUUAAACAUUAACCUGUGCUCUCUCUCUCUCUCUCUCUCUCUCUCUCUCUCUCUCUCUCUCUCUCUCUCUCUCUCUCUCUCCUCUCUCACACACACACACACACACACAUACGCACAUAUUCUAAUGAUGAUUCAAACUCGUUCAGGGCUGAAUAGCAGACAUUAAUUUUGCAUUGAAAGCUUCAGAUCUUUUCAAAGUUAAAGUCUAAUGAGCGACAGUGCCGCCAGCCUCCUCCUCCAUCAAAAUGGUUGACACGGAGAGCCGCUACCACCUGCCAUCUCCCCUGGAAGACUCGGUGCUAGAUGACCCUCUGUGUGGUGAGGACAAUUUCAUGGGUAGCAUGGAAGAGCUCCAGGUCAUACCCCAGUCCAUUGAAGAGGAUGACCUCAGUUCCUUUGAUGUUCCGGAAUACCAGUCUUCCAACAAUGGAUCAGAAGGUUCCACUGUCCUAGAUGCCCUAACACCAGCAUCAAGCCCAUCCUCUGUCAUUUAUGGGGCAGCGGCAAACCAGGAAGAGCUCUUAUCUUUCUCGUCAUCACUCAAUCUGGAGUGUCGAGUGUGUGCUGACCGCGCCUCAGGCUACCACUAUGGAGUUCAUGCUUGUGAAGGCUGCAAGGGUUUCUUUCGGCGGACCAUACGUCUGAAGUUGGAGUAUGACAAGUGUGAGCGCCAUUGCAAGAUACAAAAAAAGAACCGCAAUAAGUGCCAAUACUGCAGAUUCCAGAAGUGCCUGGCCGUGGGCAUGUCCCACAACGCCAUCCGGUUUGGUAGGAUGCCCCAGUCAGAGAAGCUAAAACUCAAGGCGGAGAUGGUGACGGUGGACAAGGAGGUAGUGAACACUCAGCUAGCAGACCAGAAGACUCUGGCCAGGCAGAUUUAUGAUGCCUACCUCAAGAACUUCAGCAUGAACAAGGCCAAGGCUCGGACCGUUCUCACGGGCAAGACCAGCACCCCCCCGUUUGUCAUCCAUGACAUGGAGACGCUUCAGCUGGCAGAGCAGACACUGGUUGCUAAGAUGGUGGGUUCAGCUGGAGCUCUGAAGGACAGGGAGGUGGAGGUCCGUAUUUUCCACUGCUGCCAAUGCACGUCUGUGGAAACCGUCACGGAGCUCACAGAGUUUGCGAAGUCCGUCCCGGGGUUCUCGAGCCUGGACCUGAACGAUCAGGUGACUCUGUUAAAGUACGGCGUGUAUGAAGCCAUCUUCGCCAUGCUCGCCUCCUGCAUGAACAAAGACGGGCUUCUUGUUGCGUACGGCUCGGGGUUCAUCACCCGGGAGUUCCUCAAGAGCCUAAGGCGACCUGUCAGUGACAUGAUGGAGCCUAAGUUCCAGUUUGCCAUGAAGUUCAAUGCGCUGGAGCUGGACGACAGUGACCUGGCUCUGUUUGUUGCUGCUAUUAUCUGCUGCGGAGACCGACCAGGCCUGGUGAACGUGGCACACAUCGAGGCCAUGCAGGAGAACAUUGUGCAUGUCCUGCAGCUCCACUUGCUGGCCAAUCACCCAGAUGACGCUUUCCUGUUCCCAAAGCUUUUGCAGAAACUGGCUGAUCUUCGUGAGCUGGUCACUGAACACGCACAGCUGGUGCAGGAGAUCAAAAAGACAGAGGACACCUCGUUGCACCCGCUCCUACAGGAGAUCUACAGAGACAUGUACUGAGGAUCAUGGAGGAAUAACCAGCAGAAGAACCCUGCAGAUCAGCCCCUUCUUUAUUAGGGACACAAUAAGACAUGGAGUUGUCCAUAAGCUAGGGGUUGAACCACUAAAUGUGUCCAUCUCCCAUCAAGCUGGAGUGUUCUUUUAGCUUCAAAGAACUUAAAUCUGAUUGUUGUCUUAGUUUCACUGCACAGACCUUCUGAAUCAUGAAAAAAAUAAAUCCAGCUGGCUGAGUUGCUCUGACCAAACCCUUAGGUGGUGAGGUGGCCUCUCUGGUUAUUCUGACCCUCAGUGAGCCCUAAAACGAGGAAAGAGAGUCAACCUGGUGACUGCCACUCCAGUUGUAUGCUUGAACAGAUUUUUUUAUACCGAUGUGAAAUAGCCAUAUAGCUUUGAUAAAACUGACUUCAGAGGCAGCAACUAUAUAAAGCAAAGCAGCAUCAGCUCAAUCUGCUGCUAAUAAAAAGGCGGUGAUGGUCGUUGGUGCACCAGCCCUCCAGCAUGUUCUUCUGUACACAGCUGCACACAUCUUCACGUCUCACAGUCAUUUACCUGUACUGUAGGCAGAGGUCGACUAAUACGUGGUUUCGGUUUAACCAAGUCAGAGAUCACAGAUUUGUACCCAGAAUUACUUUUCAUUUAAAAUGAAAUGGUGACAGACAGGUUCAGGAGCCCAGCGGCUGACUCUUGACUUACCUCUGGGAAUAGUUUGCUUUCUCAUCUCCACGACUUUGACGUUGGUACUUCCUCCUCAUCUAUUUUCUUCUGAGUGGCCCUAAUUUCCCUUCGUAGAUCAUAACCAGUUAUUUGAAAAGUAGCAGUGGUCUACCUCCACUGUAAACCAUGCUGGAGAUCACCAGUCCCAUUAUUUUCCUCUCUGAGGCUCAUCUGUAGACCGGAAAAGUCGUCUCUACACUCGCAGCUCUAUACAGAGUAUAUAUGAACGAAGCAUUAACGUGCACAGGUUAGCUUUGAAUUUGCCUCAUAUCAAAAGCACAAACACCUGCAAUAUGUUUGUUUUUCACAGAACUCAGGCGUUUGACACUCCGUUCUGUGUUGCCUUUGUUCAUCAUUAGGGACUGACUCUGAUCAGUCACACAUAAAGCUAACGUUUAUUUUCUCUCUCCUAGUAUCAUGCCCAUUUUGUGUUUAACCUCCACGUUUUUUCUAGAAAAAAGGAAAUAUUUCAAAGCGUGGCUUCAUGGAUUGCCCACAUACGAUCUCAGAAAGUAGUUUCCUGUUUUUUUUAAUGAUGAUUUUCUACAUCUAUCAUAUUAAAAGUCAAGGAUUGCACAACCAGUCCGUCCACUGGCCGAUUACAAGCAAAGGUUUUUUAAUACUCAUCCCAUGUUGCCCUGUGUCUGUGGAGAACAAGCUACGUGGAAAACCUAAAGGGAAUGUUCAUAAAGACAUGGUAGAGAGAUGUGGUUGGAAAUGGGCGAGAAAAAUCUUUUUAGCAUCUGCCAGGUUCAACCAAAACACUCGAUCGUUGUGAAAACCUUGAUUUCAGAUAUUUAAAAUCUAUCUAUAUCCAGGGCUGCACUGUAUUGUAAAUUUCAAGCACUGACAAUUUUCCCCGUGUGCAGUAAUCACAACACGGGACGUGCAGCGUUGAGCAAAACGUUACCUCAAACAGAUCACGAUGCAAACUGUUUAUGUAUAGAGAGGAUGCCUGCACUGAGGAAGCUUUAUUGUUAACGUUGUUGGGUAUUUUGGUGCUGUUGAACAUUCUGAGCUUUUAAAUAAUGAAAAAAGUUCAGGUUGCAAAAAGAAAUGCAACAAACAGGAGCGGUGAGGCGACUCUUUCAUAGAUCUCUAUCCGUUUGGUGCAUUUGGUAAACUUCUGAGAAACGGAGCAGCAAAUCCCAAAACCCAUGCAUUUGUUUUUCUAUUUCUUCCAUAUGCAGUUGCACUCUGAAAAUCACUUUAGUCAUUCUAGUGGAAACGUUCUCGUCAUUUUAAUUCUCUACGUGAGAAAUCUGCAGUGUCAUGUUUUAAAGCAAUAUGUGCAGCCCUAAUGACAUCAUGCUGUUUGUACAUAGCUGAUCUAACUCUUGAAGUACACAAGAUAAUCAAUAUCUGUAUUCCUGAUUUUGGUCACAUGUUUAAUUUUUGAGGUAAGCGAAGGUGUGUACUGUAUCUUCUUAUUGCUAUAAUACUUUUGUAUUAAUUUUAUACUAAGGUGUGUAUGAAUGAAAAGACUCCAUUCAAAGGUAGAUUGUAAAUAGAACUAAAACAAUAGUGGAUUUCAACAGGAAUGUUAUGAAUAUUUAAUACCGCAAAGGUUUAGUUUGAAUGACCUCAGUUUGGAGAAACAGAGAUUACUUUAGGCUACACUGACAAGCUAUUGUCUAGUCAAAUAUCGGUGCCAUCUUAAAUCAACUCUCAACUCAAAGUGUUCAUGUGGAUGUUAGAGUUGUUUCCAUACUGAAAUGUUUUCUUUAAAUGGUUAUUUACAUAGACUUAUAUGGCUGUUUGCUAGUGAGCUAGAGCACUUCUGUUUCAGUGUGUAAUACUUACUAUUUAAUAUUUUUGCAAGAGUAACAUAAAUACACUGCCCGGCUAAAAAAAAAGUCACCAACUUGAUUAAUUUAAGAGCCUCCUAUUAGAUAAUUACUACAUAAGCUGCAACAAGUUAUUUAAACCCAACUGGUGCAAUGAGUUGCUUCUUAUUUCUUAAACAAGCAUGUAGAAAGACACAUCUGGUGGUCGUGGAAAAGAUGUUAGUCUGCUUGAGAAGGGUCAGAUCAUUGGCAUCAAGCAGAGAAAACGUCUGAUGAGUCCAGAUGGGCCCUGUUCCAGAGUGAUGGUGCAUCAGGGUAAGAAGAGAGGCAGAUGAAGUGAUGCACCCAUCAUGCCAGUGCCUACUGUACAAGCCUGUGGGGGCAGUGUUAUGAUCUGGGGUUGCUGCAGUUGGUCAGGUCUAGGUUCAGCAACAGGAUGUGCUCCAAGAAUGAGGUCAGCUGACUACCUGAAUAUCCUGAAUGACCAGGUUACUCCAUCUUCCAUGAUGGCACUGGUGUAUUCCAAGAUGACAAUGCCAGGAUUCAUUAGGCUCAGAUAAUGAUAGAGUGGUUCAAGGAGCAUGAGACAUCAUUCUCACACAUGGAUUGGCCACCACUGAAUCCAGACCUUAACUCCAUUGAGAAUCUUUGAGAUGUGCUGGAGAAGGCUUUGUGCAGCCGUCAGACUCUACCAUCAUCAGUGAAAGAUCUUGGUGGAUGGAAAUAAAUCUGGUGACGUUUUAGCUUAUUGAAACAACGCCACAGCGAAUGUGUGAUGUAAUCAAAGCUAAAGGCAGUCCAGUUAAAUAUUAGAGAGGGUUACCUUUUCGUUGUGGCCACUUUUUUGGACGGGGCAGUGUGUGUAUUCACUUGUGCAGCUGUGUGGAUGGGACCUGUGUUAAUAUUUCUAGUCAGCACUGAUGUCUAUUUUUUCAAACUGAGGUCAUUCAAGAGCUACGAACGGGUCAGGUAUUAGUUGCUCACAACAGUUUUAUGAAAUCAACAUCAAAGCAUCUUAAUUAUCCCUUUAAGGUGAAAACAGGGUGAACUGGAAUCUGAUUAUUCACGAGUCUGAACCCCACAGGGGACAUUCCUUCUGGUGUUUUUAGACAGACAUCAAAGUUGAUUCACCAAAACUCCCUCAUCACUAAUUAUGGUUCCAUAAGAGAGAUCAGAGAGAGGUGAAGCCACAGUUUUUGUACCUUUGUACCGUUUUUCUCAGGUUGCCCAGUAGAACACAGAAUAUAUGCACAGAGAUUCAUCAUUUGUAUCAGAAGUGCUCCGUAGUUGCCUGGACAGACGUAUUUUUGACGUCUUUAGGCUGUGAGCGAUACCGAUUAUUUCCCAUCUCAUUACAGCUUUUACAGUAAAUAUGAUGCAGUAAUAGUACUGACUCUGACUCGCUGCUAUAACUCACCAAAUGUCUCUUCUGCCACAAGUAGAUUACGGACCUUCCAGCUGCCUCGUAACCCAUCACAGCGUCCGACCCACGCAGAGAAUUCAGUAAACGCAGCUCGUUAUUCACCUGGCUGACCCUGGAAAUGCUUGGUGAUUAACCAUCAGCAAAGUGUGCCUUAGUGUGUAUACAUGCCAACACAUGAAGUAAAGGAAACAGGAACACACUUGUAAUUUGUUGGCGUCUUUAUCUUGAUACAGCCUUUUGCUACACACUGGGGUUCCACUGAUGUGUUUGUAGAUUAAACAAAAACUAUUUUGACAGAAAACAUUAAUUACUUUCAGGUGGUAAAAAAGAACGAUUUGCUUUAAGAAAACUAUUUAAAAAGCUAAAAAUAAAAUAGAUGAAUCACUAGAUCCAGAUUAGUGAGGAGACGUGGUGACGCUGCUUUGUGGUUUGGGACGUCUCAUGUAGAAAUCACAAGGGACUAGUGAACUUGUUUCAGGGAAUCGUAGUCUUCCUUUAACUAGCUCAGGACAUUUAGGAAGUGUCUUUCCUUCAUUCUAAAACAAGUUUAGUGCUCUGCCUUACAGCACAUGAACACCAGUAACAUCAUUAAUAAGAUAAACUUUGAUUUUCCAGAACUGACAGAUAUUGUUAGCCAGAGGCAGUUGCAGGAAUGUGAGACUUCUGACUUUUAGCCGUUUAAUUCUGUGGCUCUGGUGUUCUGCAGAAAGACGGAGGCUGUUGUUGGUGUGUACUGUAGCUUUAUAACAAUACUGUAAAUGUCUGAAUGUACUGUGCAUCUAGUCAUUUUAACAGGAAGACAAAUUGACAUUAAAUUGAUUUUAAAAGAAUAAAAAUGAUUCUGAAAGUU